UUUAAAAUAACAUGCUAGUGUUUAUUGUUGACACUUAAUGACGCACAAGAUCGCAAUAAUAUUUAAGUAAAUUCUUAUGAGCUCCUCCAGUAAGAAAAUUUACCUAACUUCUUCUAAUCGUCCAGGAUUCAGAAAAGAACUUAUCCAUGGUCUUAACAAAUUCACGAAGGGAGACAUCAAAGAGGUUACCAGAGACAGCCAGAUAGAAGCAGUAAUUGAGGAAAAGAAAGACAGCGAAAUGCUAUUAAAGUUUGAUGUCAGAUAUAGACCAUUCUUUUGACUUUGAUUUUAUAAUUAUUUAUCUGACGAACUUCAGAUUGAGGAUCACAGAGAUAACUUCAUGAAAAAGUAUAUUAACAUAAAUGGUAGACACUCUGUUUUCACUCCUGAAAAAUUUAAGAUCUUCAUUAGUGAGACUAUUCAAUUGAAACUAGAUGUGGUUGAUUCUACUUCAGCUUCUAGUUCAGAGCAAUGUCAGCUAAACUCACCACAUAAGGAGGAUUUUAGUGAUGUUGAGAAUCCAAAAAUGAAAUCUACUCGUGAUAGCUCAUGCUCAGAUUUGAAGGAGAAAAUUUGUGGUAAAGAAAAGAAUGGGGAAACUUUGAAAAAUCCGAUUCUAUUGAUUAGUGAUACUGAGGAGCGCACUCACAAAAGUUGAGAUGACUCCUUUGGAUCUCCUGAUCAAACGAUAGUUGUAGUUGAUGAUGAACCGCCACGAAAACUACAAAGAAAUUUUCCAAGGCAUUCACCUCGGAAAACCCGCUCUUAUUAUGCUAAGAAUGGACAUUUGUUCCGUCCUGAAGGGUCAAGCUUUGCUUUACCUGAGAGCAAUGGAAUUGUGCUUCAGCCAGAGAAUCCAAUUUUAAAAGUGACAAAGGAAUGAUGAAUCUGUUUGGAUCUUCCCAAGACGAAGAAAUGAAAGCCAUCAAUUUGUGAUCACCUGUUCUGUCUUCCUUGCUUACAGAAUUGGUGUAAGAGGACCAACUCAUGUCCUUUAUGAAAAAUAAAGUUUACUGAAAUCAUCAUUCUUACUGACCAAGGAGCAGAAGAAGGCAGAGAGAAAGUCGAAGAGAGGAUCAUAUCUGAUGAAUCUGAGUAUUUUAUCCAAGCAGAAGAGUACUGAUACGUAUGCAACAGGAAUGAUUCUCAAGAAUCCUUAUUAGUAUGCGACUGCUGUGAUAUUAAAGUUUGUCACACCUAUUGUGAUAAUCUUGACGCGAUUCCUGAAACUCACUGGUUCUGCUCUCAGUGAAGACUCUUACCAGAAGAGGAAAGAGUUCAAAGACUAAUUGACUAUGAAUACUCUUCUGACAAUGUAGAUGAGGAAGAACCUUCUUUAGAUCAAGAAGAUGAUAUUCCUAGUGAAAAUGAUGAGGAAUAUGACCCAAACAACGAUACGAUUAACAGCUCCUUCAUCUCAAGAGAAAGGAACCAAUUUAGUGUCAGACAUGCUGGUCUUUUUGAUGAAAAUUCUGUUUUCAGAGAUAAUGACAUGACUUCUACAUCUUGGCAAAGAGAUGAGUAUAAACCUCCCAGAUCUCUACGAAACCAUUUCGGCUCUAAGAAUAGUGUUAAUAUGAAUGAAGCUGAAAACAUGGACCAAGGGUACAGACGUUCUUUAAGGAAAAGAGAUGACAAGGCUAGGGUAAAAUGCAUAGAAUUCUCAGAUUCAGAACAGACUUAUGCAAGCCAACCCAUCCAGUCUUUGCAGGUUAAUAAAGAAGAAAAUUGAGACAGGAUCCUCACAAGAUCGGAAUCCAGAAAAUUAUUGGAAGAAAAGAAGAAUCGAGGAGUUUCUGAAGAUAAGGAAUUAGACUCUGAUAGUAACCAGGAUUUAGCAGGAAGAUCAACAAGGUCCAGCACAAAGAAAACAAAUAUGUUGGUAAAGAAUAUCCAAGAGGAUUAUUCACAGGAUUCAGAUGAUGAAAGCGACCGUGAGUAUAACCUUGAUGUUUCUGAAGAAGUUAAAGUCAAUGAAUGAGAUAAAAAUAACGGGAACCAGAUACAGAAAAUUGACUUAAACUGCCCAUUAGAGAUCAUCCCUGAAGAGAGCUAUAAUUCGCAGGAUACUUCCAAUUGCUACAAAGACCUGACGGGAAACAAUGAAGAAGAAAACUCCGUAUCACAACCUGAAGAAAAUGCGAAAGAAGAAUCAAAUCAUGAGAAAACAGAGCCUAAAAGUAUGAAUAAGACCAAUAAAGACAGCAAGAAUAUGAGUGUGAAAUCCUUCUCAGUAAUAUCUGAGACGAAGUCUGAUGGUAUGGGAAACUCAGUAACAUGAGAAAAGGAUGAAAGCAGUCUUAUUAUUAUUGCACCAAAGAGUUUCACGCAGAAAAGAAAGGAAGUCUCCCAACGUCCAUAUUCAAUUUCGACACAGAAGAGAAGAAUCUCUGAAUCUCAAUGAGAAGACAGUGAUUUUGAGAUACCUCUUCAGGAUAGCAGUUAUGAUACUGAAAUUACCUUAACAAUGUUCAGUAAUGCAGAUGAAAUAAUGAUACUCGAUUCUGAUGAAGAGAGCAUCAGACCAAGAAGAUCUGCUAGGAUUAAGGAGAGUAAGACAAAGAAAAACUACAGUGACAAAAUUAGUAAUGUUGUAGUAGGCAACUUCAGGGAGAAAUUUAACCCCAGAGGGAGGCUUACCAGAAAUGCGACAAAAGGAGUAAAUUAUAGUAAACAGAUUUGCUAAUCCUAGAAAUUCAAGACACUCAUUAUUCA